AUGAUGACGUGGGACGAGUGGGACGAUUCUCAAACCCACCAACAACAACAACCGGACCAGGAUUCUGACUUCAAUUUCGAUCUCCUUUCCCUUCUCUCUAAACCCAAGGAUUAUUAUAAAAUACUUGAAGUUGAUUAUGAUGCUACGGAGGAUGAUAUUCGGUCCAAUUAUAUACGCCUAGCACUGAAAUGGCAUCCUGAUAAGCAAAAAGACGAGGGUAGUGCUACUUCAAGGUUUCAAGAGAUAAACGAGGCUUACCAGGUUUUGAGCGAUCCUGACAGAAGGAGAGAAUAUGACAACAAGGGGAUGCAGCACGUCUAUGAUUACAACAUAAGCGAGUACCUCAACCGGUACAAGGGCCUUAUAUUAACAUGUAAUGGUCUUGGGAUCAGGCAUUCAAUUUGUUUUUAUCUUGGGAGGCCUGUGAUCUUACCAUUAGCCAUCUUCUGGCUGUUUAUCUUUCAUGGUUUGGUUGCUGGUGUGAUGGCAUGUUUUAAUUGGCCAGUGAUCCUGGAGCCAACACGCCAUAAUUUGUACAACCUCGAUACACCGAAGAGAACUGACCCUGCCUUCCUGGGUGGGAAUUUUGGCUCAUUAAACUUGAAGUUGGUCGGUCCCUAUGAUCUCAUAGGUUUAAAUGAUGAUUAG